AAUUGAAAGAGUGAAUAUUUCUCUUUCAGAGACAAGUUCCUAACAAGAUCUUUUCUAGGAGAAGCAUUCACUGAGUCUGAACCAAAAUAACAUCUACCACCAUGGGUUCGUGAUAGCUCUGACGCCAGAGAUCAAUGUUCUCUAACGCUGCAGAGCAUUCACGAACAGGAGGAAGAUGGAGACGACAAAACUUGUUCCCCACUGAAAUUACGCGACGAGAUACAAGGGGACCUCGAUUCCAGUACAAUUUGUAGCGUUUUAGCAGUUAGAAUUUGGUCGGUUUUUGCAGUCUCGGAAUGAGUAUUGUGAGAAGAAGCCAUAACAACAAAAUUGAGUGAAAUCGAAACAGACCCUUUACCGGGAAACGCGAUUAGAGCCCCCCGACUCGAUAUAUGUGACGACAAACAAACUAGAAUUUAAAGUUGAAGCCUGAAGCAAUACGAGAGCAGGCGUGGAUCCACUGUUGAGCAGUAGAUUAUUAAGGGAAGGAAGGAACGUGCCAGGGGCUAUCAGGUUUUGAAUGUCACCCUUAUAUUGGAUAUCUAAUAAAAAGAAUCCGUGUUUUGUAGGUGGGGGCACCCAAUUAACGCAAAUUUCUGGAUUUUGAUUUCGCUCUACACAGUUCUUAGAGGACAAAAAACAACAUAUGCCCAUUACUUGUUUUAAUUAGAACCCGACGCAAGUACAGUGGAAGGCAAGGCGAUGUCUUUUCUUGAUUGGGUUCCAAUUUGUCAAAAGGGUUGUGAUUUAAACCUUUCCUUUUUCUUGGGUUUAAUGCGUUUCGAAAUGUUUGACUUCCGGUUUCGAGAUGUGGGAAUGUUUUUAUCUGACACCCACUUAUUUAACAGAAAGGAACUAAUUAUUUGAUUUAAUUUUGGCGACUGUGAGCUUUUGAUUUUCGUGUUUAUUGCGUGGAAUGUGGAUAGGGAGAAAGGUAAGAAUAUUUCUUAUUUCUAUUUUUUUGAUGAUUUUUUAAUGAUGUGAAUUUUAAGGGCCUAGGGUUCGCUUUUCGUGCUCCAGUCUUCUAUCGGUGCCCAAAUUUUCAUCCCCUUUCGUAUGAAUUUAGGGGCUACUGACUCCGACUUAUCCUCGAUUUUUUUUGAUCUCAUCGUGCUUGGUGUUUAAAUUUCCUUGAUUUUUCCCAUUGGGUCGGUGCGGUCUCCGGUUUCUGUCGUCUGAGGCGGUGAAUUUCCUUUCGCAUCAACUGCUGGUGGCCGGUUCGUUUGAUUUUGAGGUUGAUCAUAGUUGGAUAUUCUUGGAGGAUAGGGUUUGAGUUCUUAAUUGGUCCUGCAUUCAGUUUUGCAGAAAUUUUGUGCUGAAGUAGGUGACUGGGUAAUUAGGGUUUAAUUGCUGGUCCGGUAAAUAAUUAAAGAUUUUGGACGGCUGUGAUUUUGAUCUUAAGCCGUCUGUGAGGGGCUUUGGAAUGAUGACAUUAUUUCAACCUCAGAAUGAAAAUUCAGGUUCUUUACUUCUAUGUCAUGGCGUAUGGGCACUGGUUUCUGGGAUUUUAAACUGAUGCCAGGGCAUUGGGGCUCUGUUUUGUGUUCUAACGGUUCCACAAGCAAGUUGAAGGAUCUCAUUGCUUGAGGAAGGCCGCUUAAUGCAAUUUUCUGGUUCUUCUUGUAAAUGAUGCUUCAUUCCGUAGGACCUGCGAGACAAACUUGUAGCCUACUUGCUGUCACCUGCGGAAGUGUACCUAAAGUAAAAUGCGAGGAGGAUGUUGCUGAGGAUAGAUUGAAAUAUCCCUUUCCAGAAUUAGUUUCUUCCGGCCGAUUGGAGGUCCGAGUUCUGACAAAUCCAAGCAAGGAUGAAUUCACUAGAAUUGUAGAAUCAUGUCAACCGAGCUUCGUCUACUUGCAAGGGGAACAGCUCGAAAAUGAUGAAAUUGGUUCUUUAGUUUGGAAUGGUGUUGAUUUGUCUCUUGAAGAUUUAUGUGGACUAUUCCAUACUGCACUACCAAUCACCGUGUAUUUAGAAAUCCCCAAUGGAGGCAGAACAGCAGAGGCUCUUCAUUCUAAGGGAAUUCCUUAUGUCAUGUAUUGGAACAACACAUUGUCAUGUUAUGCCGCAGCUCAUUUUCGUAAUGGAUUGCUUUCAGUGGUGCAGAGUUCAUCUACUCAUACAUGGGAUGCUUUUCAGCUUGCACAUGCUGCUUUUAGGCUUCAUUGUGCGCGGAGCAAUUAUGCCCUUCCCGGGGAUGAUGACAUUAUUAGCUGUAAUCUAGAGCCACAACUUAUUGGGGAACCUUUAAAGAUUAGCGUAGAGCCCCCCGAGAUAGAUGCAGGAGAUGCAGGUGAAGAUGAAGACGAUUCUUUAGGAACCCUUCCUGCCAUAAGUAUACAUGAUAAUAAUGUGACCAUGAGAUUUCUUAUCUGUGGAGUGCCUUGCACACCGGAUGCGUGCUUAUUGAGAUCGUUGGAGGAUGGACUGAAUGCCCUUUUGAACAUUGAAAUACGUGGGAGCAAACUUCAGGGGAAGUUUAGUGCUUCUCCACCGCCUCUUCAAGCAGGAUCCUUUUCUCGUGGUGUUGUGACAAUGCGAUGUGAUAUGGUGACCUGUAGUUCAGCCCACAUCGCAAUAUUAGUGUCGGGUAGUGCUCAUACUUGUUUUGAUGAUCAGCUGUUGGAAAAACAUAUCAAACAUGAGAUUAUUGAAAAUAGCCAAUUAGUUCAUGCCCUGCGUGAUUGUGAGGGCAACCAACAUUGCAUGCACGAGCCCCGAAAAUCUGCUUCAGUUGCUUGUGGAGCAACAGUAUUUGAGGUUUCCAUGAAGGUUCCCGCUUGGGCAUCACAGGUCUUGAGGCAACUAGCACCUGAUAUGUCGUAUCGGAGUUUGGUUGCACUCGGCAUUGGGGGAGUUCAGGGUUUGCCUGUGGCUUCUUUCGAGAAAGAGGAUGCUGAGCGGUUUCUCUUCUUCUGUUCAAGGGAUGGGAAUGAUAAACAUUCAGAUCAGUUAUUUUUAAGUGUAUUGCCUAGCUGGUUCAAACCACCUAUUCCUAGUAGAAAGAGAGUGGAACCAAGCCAGGGAAUAAGCACUGUUUCACAUGACAGUCUUGCAUAUGCAAAUAUCCCUUCCAUUAGAAGAGUAGGUGGAGAGGAGCGUGCACCAAUGAAUGGGUUUAAGGCAACCUUACUCCCAGCUAGAAAAAGAUUAAAAGUAGCCACCAUGAGGCCUAUUCCACGUGUGCAUCGGAAUAAAAUGACACCCUUCUCUGGAUUAACUGAAGCAGAUGGGAACAAUGGAUACUUACCCAAGGCUAGUCUGCCCGUCGUUACCCCGUCAAAGCAUGUAACUGUAGGAUCAACUUCUGCAACACAACGAAAAUCUUUUUCAAGCUCGUCUCAGUCUAAGCAGAUUAUUUCCUUAAAUCCACUACCUUUAAAGAAACAUGGUUGUGGAAGAAACCCAAUUCAAUAUUGCUCAGAGGAGGAGUUCUUGAAGGAUGUUAUGGAGUUUUUACUACUUCGAGGACAUUCUCGACUUAUUCCUCAAGGUGGACUUUCUGAGUUCCCAGAUGCCAUACUCAAUGGGAAGCGUCUUGACCUCUAUAACUUGUAUAAGGAGGUGGUCACCCGAGGAGGCUUUCAUGUCGGCAAUGGUAUCAACUGGAAGGGGCAGAUCUUCUCUAAGAUGCACAAUUACACAAUGACCAAUAGAAUGACUGGUGUUGGAAAUACACUGAAAAGACAUUACGAGACUUACCUUCUAGAAUAUGAACUGGCUCAUGAUGAUGUAGAUGGAGAAUGCUGCCUUUUGUGUCACAGUAGUGCAGCAGGGGAUUGGGUGAACUGUGGUAUUUGUGGUGAAUGGGCCCAUUUCGGGUGCGACCGAAGGCAGGGUCUCGGAGCAUUCAAGGAUUAUGCCAAAACGGAUGGGCUAGAGUACGUUUGUCCACAUUGUAGCAUCACAACCUACAAGAAGAAACCAUACAGAGUAGCGAACGGGUCUCCACAAGGAAUAACGAAUCCACGGAUACCCUGAUUCAGUUUUGGCCUCUGCGUCGAGGUUUCGCCUUCGUCGUUUUUUUUCCCUAAUUCUUUGGCUGUUUUUAUCCUACUCGAGAAAUUAUUCACUCCACCAGCUCGGCUCGUAGAUGAGUUUUAUUUGAGGUGUGCUGCUAAACAAACAUUAGCUGAAGAGUAAAUUUAUGAGACUCAGGAUGAAAACUCUAGAUGAAGAGAACAACUAAAGACUACGGCGCACAAGAGAGCAGGCUUCUUCUUCAUAGGUUAUUUUUUGACUUCUCUCUCUCUCUCUCUCCUCUUUCUCUUUCUAGGUGUAGUAGUUGUAGUUUAGGAGAAAAGUCAGCAGCAGGGCAGUUAACUUUAGUGGGGUACUGUAAAAUACUUCUAUUCUUGUAGUGUAGCUAAGCUAAGCCAUGACUAAUGUAUUUUAACCAAGAUCUAUCUAAUUUACCAUUUUUUAGUGUAAUAUGAUGAUCCAAGAAUAAAGUAGUAGAUUAAUAAUCA